AUGAGCUCCUCAAUUAUAGAGCCAGUUCCAAACUUUUCAGAACUAAGAACUCGCGACCUACAUGGUCACCAAGGUUCAGUUCGGUCGUUAGGAUGGAAUGUUUCAGGUCACCGUCUCGCAACCUCUUCCAAUGAUAGCACGGUUCGUAUUUGGAACCUGGAUCGUUUAGACUUUAAGUUUUCAACGGAAUUGGGAUCACGUAGCAGUGGAUUAGUAGAACAAGUAGUAUGGGAUCCAACUCAUUCUGAUCGAUUAAUGACCGUGUACUCUGGAAAAACGAUUCGCUUUUGGGAUUAUCGAAGUGCUAAACCCAUUGCGGAAAUUCAGAGUGAUUACAACAACAUCUACGGUAGUUGGAGUCCUUCCGGGCGAUAUUGCUGCGUUGGAAGUCGGGAUGAUAUGCUUUCCUUCAUUGAUGCUAGGGAAUGGCAAAUUAUGCAGACAUUCCAGCAACCUUGUGAGACAAAUGAAUGCUGCUGGUCCUUUAGUGAAGACUUGUUUUUCAUGACUACCGGUUUAGGCACUGUCCAAGUCAUUGAAUGGCCAUCUCUCCAACGAGUAUAUGAAAUCAAAGCUCAUACGUCAAAUUGUUAUUGUAUAGACAUUAGUCCUGACAAUCAGCGCAUAGCUGUUGGCGGAGCCGAUGCGAUCGUUACAUUAUGGGAUACCGAUGAAUGGAUAUGCCAAAGUUCCAUUACAAGAUCAACAUAUCCUAUCCGUUCUUUGGGUUUCAGUUUUGAUAGCCGCUUUUUGGCAAGUGGAUCUGAAGAUCGUUAUAUCGAUAUUGCGGAUACUCUUACUGGUGAACAAAUUUGGAAGCAACCGACGAACGGUCCUUUGAACAAGCUUGCUUGGAAUCCUACAAAACAUAUUCUAGCAUAUGCUUUUACUGAGCCUACCAGCAGUGGCUUAAAGAUUUUUGGUAUAUAA